UUUUCCUGUCUACAUAUUUCAAUUCUCCUUCAUUCAAACACAUAUAAGCCUAUAAACAAUCCAAGAAUCAAAUUUAUACACCUCCAUGACAAGUCAAUGCAUGCAUCCAUCUGUUGAAAACAAAAAACAUGACACAUGAUUUCAAGACAGUGGUUACCUAUAUAUAACAAAUGUUACAACAAAAAUGUUCAAGAAAUAUCCAAAAUAGUAAAUGGAAGAGGCACAUAAGGGAGGUGAAGAAGUAAAGUACAGGGGUGUGAGGAGAAGGCCAUGGGGAAAAUAUGGAGCAGAGAUUAGAGACCCUACAAAGCCAACUGGAAGACAAUGGUUAGGAACAUUUGACACAGCUGAGGAAGCUGCUAGAGCUUAUGAUUGUGCUGCCAUUCGUUUGAGAGGUGCUCUUGCCAUUCUUAAUUUUCCUGAUGAAUACUAUUUUCAUCUUUCUUCUUUAUCGCAGUCAUCGUCGUCGUCAUCGUCUGCAACUUGCUCUAGAGAGCAAAAGGAAGUAAUUGAGUUUGAGUAUUUGGAUAACAAGGUUUUGGAAGAUCUUCUUGGGUCAUCUAAUGAAGAGAAUGAUGAUUAACAUUGAUCUAUACUCUUUUUCGAGUGACAUAAUUUUACAAAUAAUGGUUAAUUUAUUAGAGAAUGAGAGAAUUUGUUAACAACAAUGUCUGGACUUAUAGGUAGACUACAUUUUUUC